AUGACUGAUUUAAGAUCCAGCUCGCUCUGUUUUAAAGCAGUCAGACAUGUGGUUUGCUCAGUAGAGAGGGAGGGAAAGUGGAGGCAAAUUGUCAGAGGAAAACAGCAAAUCUGGAUUGAUUUUAGGAGCCAUCCCAUUCCGAUGAGCUACCAAAUGGAGACGGACAUCCCAGGAACAACACCCCUACCCUUUCCCACCAAUCUCACAAAUCAUAGCCUAUGUCCUGAACCAGAGGCAUGGGACUGGUUGUACACCAUGCAGCCAAUAUACAUGUUUAUAAUCUGUGUGCUAGGAAUCCUGGGAAAUGUCUUUGUCCUGCUAGUAUUUUUCCUGCAUAAGAAAGCCUGUUCUGUGGCAGAGAUAUACCUGGGGAACCUGGCUGCAGCUGACCUCCUUCUGACAUCUUGCCUACCUUUCUGGGCCAUCAAUGUGGCAAGUGGUUUCGAAUGGCAGUUUGGCUCGCUGAUGUGUUGUUUGGUAAACACGGGCAUCAAAAUGAACAUGUACUGCAGCAUCUACUUCCUGGUAUUGGUGAGCGUGGACCGCUACCUGGCUCUGGUGUUUGCACUGACUUAUGGCAGAAUGCGGCGGCCCUGGUACGCCAAGCUGAGCUGCUUGGCUGUGUGGAUUCUGGGUAUCAUCCUGAGUGUCCCGACACUUAAAUUCAGGGAGGUAAUGUACAUCUCCAAGUACUCAGUCACUGCUUGCAUACUGAACUACCCCAGCCAAACGGUGGAGCUGGUCUGUGACAUUCUGCUUGUCCUGCUGGGCUUCAUCAUCCCUGUGACUGUCAUUUCCUACUGCACCUGCAAGAUUAUACAAGCAUUGCACUGGAAAGUAAUGGAGAGGUUCAAUGCAGUAAAUAAAGAGAGAAAAGCCACGGUGCUGGUGCUAGCUGUUCUUCUGGCUUUUCUGCUGUGUUGGAUUCCUUUUCACCUGGUAACCAUUUUAGAUAUCCUUAUAAGAUAUAAAAUAUUAAGUGGGUGUACACUACAAAAUGUCCUGGAUAUCUGUAACCAAAUAUUCACAUAUUUGGCAUUGAGCAACAGCGUGUUAAAUCCAAUCCUCUAUGUGAUAGUUGGCAAAAACUUCAGAAAGAAAGUGAAGGAGCUCCAGUCAUCAACACGGAAAACAUUUGCAUGAUUAAUAAAAUAUUAAUAAAUAUUUGCUUUUCAAACAGAUAACCAGUGCCUGAGACCAACACUGUUUUAUUGUCCUGAGUUAGGUAAAUGUUGUUAAUUUAUAUUUCUCAAAGAAAUUUCAAGAUGUAUUACAGCCUUUGUAUGUGUUUGUGUUAUACAGCAUAUCAUUGUAUUAUUGUACUAUUGCAUGUGUUUAUGUACCAAAUGCAGUUGCAGCAAUACCACGUAUAAUUAAGAUUUAUAUUAGUGUAAUUAAUAAUUAGGCUAGUUAAGAGAUGGCAGUAAUUAACACUGUUUAUGCAAUAUUCAGAUAUAUUUCAUUUUCAUAUGGGGACUUCUAUAACAAUUAAAAAUAAUUUCUGUUUUGUAUUUUUUUUUCUGAAACAAUACAUAUACACUGAAUAAAGGUUUUUUGUUAUUAAUUUAAUUAAGUAGUAUGUCGCUCUGGAUAAGGUCAUCUGCCAAAUGCUGUAAGUGUA